AAAAAAGGAAAGAAAGAAAGAAAAAAAAAAAAGAAAAAUGCACAGUGAGGACAAGUUUGCAACCUGUCCUUGUGUCGAUUUCUACAAAAAGAUCUGAAAUGGUAUGGUUUGGAUUGUUUGCUCAUUUACUCAUGUGUUUCCUUAUUGGUGUUACUAAGGAUCAAAUGUGGGGUCUCAUACCUUCACAGCAAGCAGUCUACCAACUGAACCAUGUCUCAAGCCCUAGAUUGUAAAAGUGUAGGUAUCAACCCUCUCGAAUAACAAAUAAAAAAAUUACAGGUAUCAACUAAAAUCUUUUCCUGUUGAUGAGUUAUUAGGUAACUAUUUGUUUUUCCCACAGGAGGGGCUCUCUGAACUGUCUCUCAUUUUCUGCCAUGGCUUUUCUUUUCAUCUGUUAUUCUUAAGAGUGAUGACAUUAAAUAUCUGCCUAAAAACAAAUAGGCCACUGGCUACUGCUAACCAGAUACCUAUGUUUCCCCCCCAUGAGAGCUAAAUGAAGCCCCAUCUCUCACGAUCACUAUAUACCAGCUGCUACCAAGAUCUUGUCCCAGUGAAAUGUCUACAAGUAUUGUGAAUAUAGUAAUGGGAAGACAUAAGUAAUGCAGGUAACCCAACUGUCUUGAGACAGUGGAGAUCUUAUAGCCUUAGGUUGGAAAUUUGGAGACGUUCUCAAAAACUUCACAAGUACACUGUCUAUUUUUCUGCAUGUGACAGCAAAUAUAGGCCAUUCUGCAAAGACACAUUGAGAGCUGGGUUUGUUUCCCUGGCACACUAAGGGAAUUUUAGGCAGAUUUUCAUAAACUUAUCCUGAUUUUUAAAAAAAUGAAGCCUGGACAUCAGCAAAGGUAAAAAUUUCAAUUUCUUGGUUAAACAGAUUCGAUGUGGGUAAAACAUAAGGACUCAGUGGUACAUAAAAUCAGACUUCUCUGGAGAAGUAAAAUAAAACUAAUUAUAUUGAUUUAGGUUGUGGAGGGUUUAUUGUCAGAAUUAAAAAUUAAAUAUAAACACUGCUACACAAUAAUAUAUUAAAUACACAGCAAAAACCUUGGAAAUGAAAAUAAUCACUGAACCAAGGAGAAUUAAAAAUAGAAUUGGUGUAGUAACUGGUUAGGACUCUGAGCGUCGCUGUUCACCAGACUGGGAAAGAAGCAGCCAUAGAAGCGACCAGUUCCCAGCUUCCUCCGCACUAAACAGAGACCAGACAAGCUGCUGGGGAAAGCAACCCAUCUCAACUCCUGCUCUCAUCAGCUUUAGAAAAACAAGGAACCAGCAGGUAAACCAGGACUAAGAGGAAAGGGAAGGAAGAAAAGACAAUGGCGGAUCCACCAAGGCGCUGGAGCUGCAGCGACCUGCUGAAGUUCUUCAUGCUGCUAGGGACGCUGUGCGCGCCAGGAAAGGGGCAGAUCCGCUACUCGGUACGGGAGGAGCUGGACAAAGGCUCCUUCGUGGGCAACAUCUCCAAGGACCUGGGGCUGGAGCCCCGCGAGCUGGCGGAGCGCGGGGUCCGCAUCGUCUCCAGAGGUAGGUCGCAGCUUUUCUCGCUGAGCCCGCGAGGUGGCAGCUUGGUCACCGCAGGGAGGAUAGACCGGGAGGAGCUGUGCGCCCAGAGCGCGCCCUGUCUCCUCAGCUUUAACAUCUUGGUUGAGAAUAAGAUGAAAAUUUAUGGAGUAGAAGUGGAAAUCCUUGAUAUUAAUGAUAACUUCCCCCGGUUCCGCGAUGAGGAGUUAAAAGUAAAAGUUAAUGAAAACGCGGCUGCAGGAACACGGUUAGUGCUCCCCUUCGCGAGAGAUGGGGAUGUGGGUGUGAAUUCCCUCCAGGGCUACCAGCUCAGCUCCAACCCGCACUUCUCUCUGGACGUGAAGAGCGGAUCUGAUGGGCAAAAGCAUCCAGAGCUGGUGUUGGAACAGCCCCUGGACCGUGAGAAAGAGUCCACUCACGACCUGGUCCUCACAGCGUUGGACGGCGGAAACCCAGUACAUUCUAGCACGGUCCGCAUCAGCGUGACCGUCCUCGACGCAAACGAUAACGCACCCCUGUUCACUCAAAGCGAAUAUAGAGUGAGUGUCCCAGAGAACACACCUGUGGGCGCUCGACUCCUCACCCUCACCGCCACGGAUGCCGACGAGGGAAUCAACGCGAAAUUGACCUUCUCUUUUCGCAACGAAGAAGACAAAAUUUCCGAGACUUUCCAACUCGAUUCUAACCUGGGGGAAAUCUCAACUAUUCAAUCUCUGGACUAUGAAGAAUCCAGAUUCUAUCUCAUGGAGGUGGUAGCCCAAGACGGAGGCGCUCUUCUUGCCAGCGCUAAGGUGCUGGUCACAGUCCAGGACGUGAAUGACAAUGCCCCAGAAGUGAUACUCACCUCCCUCACCAGUUCCGUUUCUGAAGACUGCCUACCCGGAACCAUAAUUGCACUCUUUAGCGUACACGAUGCUGAUUCUGGGGAGAAUGGAGAGAUUUCGUGUUCUAUUCCCAAGAACUUGCCCUUCCGACUGGAAAAGUCAGUUGAUAAUUACUAUCACCUAUUAACAACAAGAGCACUGGAUAGAGAAGAGACUUCGGAUUACAACAUCACGGUAACCGUCACUGACCAUGGGACGCCUCCCCUGUCUACAGAAAACCACAUCUCUCUGAGAGUAGCAGACAUAAACGACAACCCGCCCACCUUCUCUCGUUCCUCCUAUUCCACUUCCAUCUCCGAAAAUAACCCCAGAGGUGUCUCCAUUUUCUCGGUGACUGCCUAUGACGCUGACAGUGGUGAUAACGCCCGGGUCACUUACUCCCUGGCUGAAUAUACGUUUCAGGAAGCUCCCGUGUCCUCCUACGUCUCCAUUAACUCGGACACUGGUGUCCUGUACGCCUUGCAGUCCUUUGACUAUGAGCACUUGAGAGACCUGCAGCUACUGGUGACAGCUAAGGACAGCGGGAACCCUCCACUCAGCAGCAAUGUGUCCCUGAGCUUGUUUGUGCUGGACCAGAACGACAACGUCCCUGAGAUCCUGUACCCAGCUGUUCCCACUGAUGGUUCCACUGGGGUGGAACUGGCGCCCCGCUCUGCAGAGCCUGGAUACUUGGUAACCAAAGUAGUGGCAGUGGACAGAGACUCCGGACAGAACGCCUGGCUGUCCUACCGCCUGCUCAAGGCCAGUGAGCCAGGACUCUUCUCCAUUGGCCUUCACACAGGGGAGGUGUGCACGGCAAGGACUCUCUCGGAUAGAGACGCCCUCAAGCAGAGCCUGGUGGUGGCUGUCCAGGACCACGGCCAGCCCCCUCUCUCAGCCACCGUCACCCUUACUAUCGCUGUAGGGGAUAGCAUCCCGGACGUACUGACUGACUUAGGCAGCAGCAACACUCCUACAGAGCCCCAGGACUCAGACCUCACACUCUACCUGGUGAUAUCAGUGGCAGUGGUGUCCUGUGUCUUCCUAGGAUUUGUUACUGUGCUGUUGGCCCUCAGGCUUAGGCACUGGCACAUGUCACACCUGCUUCAGACUUCCACAGGCAGAUUGGCCAGCAUGCCCGCCUCUCAUUUUGUGGGCAUGGAUGGGAUACAGGCUUACCUGCAGACCUAUUCCCAUGAAAUCUCCCUCACUACAGACUCCAAAAACAGCCACCUGAUCUUCCCCCAGCCCAAUUAUGCCGACAGGCUCAUUAGUGAAGAGAGCUGUGAAAAGAGUGAGCCUCUCCUGAUACCGGAUAAUAUUCACGAAAACAAGGGAGAGCCUGGAGCUGUUCAGGUCAGUUUUCUCUUUCGCUAAGAACCAAAGUAUUUCCUUCAUUUAUCUUCUCACUCAUUUUUCUGGUAGAGUCAAAAUCAGACAGUUAUAUAGUGGAUCAUCGUUUGCAGUAUUGGAGUUUUACUCAAUUUUGUCCAGUAAUGGAUACUUUUUCAAAUUAUAUUUGGGACUGAAUAUCUUUUCUUGGUGUGUGGACAUUUUACAAAAACUAACUGAUAACAGUAGACUCACCUUAAAGGAAAUCCAUAAACGUAAUCACUUCCCUUUAAAAUGUUGCUAGUUUAAGGGUACCUAUUUUGUUACUAGAAGAGUUAUAUUAGUUCAAAUUGUCUAUGUGUAUUGUUCCCUUUGGGAUAUUUGUCUACACACCGUUAGUGGGCAAGUUUUGUAGGGGUGGUGGCUUGAAUGAAAAUGGCCCUCAGAGGUUCACAUAUUUGAGUCUUCAUCACCAGAGAAUGGAACUGUUUGAGAAGGAAUAAGAGGUGUGGCUUUGUUGGAGUAGGUUUGUCACUGGG